AUGGGUCUUCUAAAUGACACGCAUAGUCAUAGGUACGUUUUCUACACUGUGCAGCUCGCAAACCUGGCUAUCGAAAACCAUAACCACAAGCUUAGCUUCGGCGCCUUCAAGGCCAACCACAAGAAAGUCAUGGGGCCGAUGAUAAGAACAGAGGAGGAAGAAGACUACACGAGUCCACCGUGGCUAAUGCCAAUGCUACGAGGCAGCUACUUCGUCCCAUGUUCGAUCCACGCCGAUUCAAACAAAAACGAAUGCAACUUGUUCUGUCUUGACUGUGCUGGAAAUGCCUUUUGUUCGUACUGUUUGGUCAAACAUAAAGACCAUCGCGUUGUUCAGAUAAGGAGAUCUUCUUACCACAACGUGGUUAGAGUGAAUGAGAUACAAAAGUAUAUAGACAUCACUUGUGUUCAGACAUACAUCAUCAACAGCGCAAAGAUCGUGUUCCUCAAUGAAAGACCUCAGGCAAGAAUCGGAAAAGGUGUUACAAACACGUGUGAAAUCUGCUGUAGAAGCCUCCUUGAUUCUUUCCGUUUCUGCUCUCUCGGUUGCAAGCUUGGGGGAAUGAAGAGAGGAGAUCACACUCUAACCUUCUCUGUGAGAGGGAAGCAAGGGAGAGAGUACCAAGGUGGGUCGGAAUCAGAUGAGGCUACCACACCGACUAAGAUGCGUAAGACGAAUGCUUUCAACCGUUUGAUGAGUGGUCUCUCUAUCUCCACUGUUAGAUUUGAUGACUAUGGUCUAGUGGGAGAGCAACGGUCUUUAGGCUCCAGCGAAGAAGGUGGUUCAAGUUUCUCCCCGGGAACACCUCCGAUAUAUAAUCACCGGAACUCAAGCAGACGAAAAGGCAUCCCACACCGUGCUCCGUUCUAA